GCGGCGGCGGCGGCGCGGGGGCCGGGGCGCGGGGCGCGCGGGUGGCGGGCGGGGGACAGGAUGCGGAUGCCGGGGGGACUUCCUGUGCCGGCCCCGCCGCCCCCGCCCCCGGCCCGGCCCGCUGCCCGCUGCCCGCCGCCCGCCGGACGCAAGCUCGGGCGGGCGGGCGAGCCAAGGGGACCCCGGCGCGGGCCGCCCCCCGCCCGCUGGCUCCGGGCACCUGUGGCCGCCGGCGGACCCCGGCCGGACCCGGGCUGACCCCCGGCUGGGCCGAGACCGGUGUCGCCCGGCACCCACGCAGCCCUCGCUCGGGACCCGCGCCCGGCCGGCCCCCGGCCCGCUCCCCGCCCCCUUCCCCCGCGGAGCCGACACCAACUUGAGGUCGCCAACUCCGCUCGGCCCCUUUUUGGGCCCAGGGCGACCUCCACCGCCCUGACCGCGACAGGCCCGCCGCAGUGCCCAGAAAGGCCCCCGGUGGCCCAGCGCCUCCCCGGCUGUUUCUGGAUGGAGGCGCCUCGGGAGGGAGCUGGCUGACGCUCCGGCCCGCGCUCUCCAGCCGCUGCUGACCACACCUCCCCUGGAGCGGAGGCCGCUGUGAGGAGCCGGAGAUGCUGCCCCAGCACAGCUGGCUCCCCGGGAUCUUGGUCUGAACGCUAGGAUGGAGCUGGGGGCAGCGACCGAGACCUUCGUGCUGGAGCUUCGGUGUCUUGAAGAUGGGGGCCCGGGGCCUGGCACCCUCUCAGGUGGCAGCGGUGGGGUUGAGAGUCAAGAGGAGGAAGAGGCUCGGGAGAAGAAAGGCAGCCCCCCACGGCCAACAGGCUCAGCCCCGAUGGAGGCCGGGGGACUCGCCGAGGAAGCACAGCCCGGACAGCAGGACCUGCAGCGACAACAGCCAGAGCAGCUGCAAGAGCAGCUACCGCAAAGCCCGCCGCCAGGACUGCAGCUGGAAUUGCAACAGCAGCAGCAGCAGCAGCAGCAGCAGCAAGCUGGGCAAGGCCGGCUGCCCCAACAAAACAAGGACCUGCCUGGAACACCCCAACCUGUGCCCCCUGGGCAGCUGAGACCACAGCUGGGGCUGAUGCAACAGCAGGAACGAGCACAGGAGCAGCAAGAGCAGGAGCAACAACAGAACCAGUUACAGCAGCAGGAACAGUUACAGCAGCAGCAGCAGCACCUGCAGCAGGAACAAUUACAGCAGCAGCAGCAGGAACAGUUACAGCAGCAGCAGCACCCACAGCAGGAACAAUUACAGCAGCAGCAGCACCUGCAGCAGGAACAGUUACAGCAGCAGCAGCAGCAGCAGCACCUGCAGCAGGAACAGUUACAGCAGCAGCAACCCCAGCACCUGCAGCAGGAACAAUUACAGCAGCAGCAGCACCUGCAGCAGGAACAAUUACAGCAGCAGCAGCAGCAGCAGCACCUGCAGCAGGAACAAUUACAGCAGCAGCAGCAGCAGCACCUGCAGCAGGAACAAUUACAGCAGCAGCAGCAGCAGCUGCUGCAGCAGGAACAAUUACAGCAGCAGCAGCAGCACCUGCAGCAGGAACAAUUACAGCAGCAGCAGCAGCAGCACCUGCAGCAGGAACAAUUACAGCAGCAGCAGCAGCAGCACCUGCAGCAGGAACAAUUACAGCAGCAGCAGCAGCACCUGCAGCAGGAACAAUUACAGCAGCAGCAGCAGCACCUGCAGCAGGAACAAUUACAGCAGCAGCAGCAGCAGCACCUGCAGCAGGAACAAUUACAGCAGCAGCCGCAAUACCAGUUGCAGCAGCUGCAGCAACAGCAGGAACAGCAGAAGCAGGAGGAACAGUUACAGCAGCAGCAGGAGCAGUUACAGAUGCAGCACCUGCAGCAGCAGCAGCAACAGUUUCAGCAGCAGCACUUCCAGCAGCAACAGUUACAGCACCUGCAGCAGCAGCAGCAGGAACUAUUACAGCGACAGCAGCAGGAGCAGUUACAGAUGCAGCAUCUGCAGCAGCAGCAACAGUUAGAGCAGCAGCAGCUGCUGCAACAGCAAGAGCAGUUGCAAGAGCAGCUGCCGCCCCGUCCCCUGGAGCCAGAGGAGGAGGAAGAGGUGGAGCUGGAGCUCAUGCCGGUGGACCUGGGGACAGAGCAGGAACUGGAGCGGCAGCGGCAGGAGCUAGAGCGGCAGCAGGAGCUGGAGAGACAACAGGAACAGCGGCAGCUGCAGCUCAAACUGCAGGAGCAGCUACAGCAGCUGGAGCAGCAGCUGGAGCAGCAGCAGCAGCAGCUGGAGCAGCAGCAGCUGGAGGGGCAGCAGGAGGUGCAGCUGGAGCUGACCCCGGUGGAGCUGGGAGCCCCGCCGCAGGAGGUGCAGCUGGAGCUGACCCCCGUGCAGCCGGAGCUGCAGCUGGAGCUGGUGCCCGCGGCAGGGGGAGGCGGGCCCGCCGCCCCGGGGGCUCCAGCCGCGGUGGUGGUGGCCCCACCGGGCUACGUGGUGCUGCAGGAGCUCAUGGUGCUGCCGGCCGUGGCGGCGCCCGCCGUGGUGGCCAUCCCAGGCCCCGCGGGCAGCGCGGCGCUGACUCCGGCCCGGCAGCGGCGGCGGCGGCGUGCGCGGGACCGGCCGACCAUCUGCGGGGAGUGCGGCAAGGGCUUCAGCCGCAGCACGGACCUGGUGCGCCACCAGGCCACGCACACGGGCGAGCGGCCGCACCGCUGCGGCGAGUGCGGCAAGGGCUUCUCGCAGCACUCCAACCUGGUGACGCACCAGCGCAUCCACACGGGCGAGAAGCCCUAUGCGUGCUCCUACUGUGCCAAGCGCUUCAGCGAGAGCUCGGCGCUCGUGCAGCACCAGCGCACGCACACGGGCGAGCGACCCUACGCCUGCGGUGACUGCGGCAAGCGCUUCAGCGUCUCGUCCAACCUCCUGCGCCACCGGCGCACACACUCGGGCGAGCGGCCCUACGUGUGCGAGGACUGCGGCGAGCGCUUCCGCCACAAGGUGCAGAUCCGGCGCCACGAGCGCCAGCUGCACGGCGCCGGCCGCUCGCGAGGCCUGGGCCUGCUCCGCAGCACGCGCGCCACCACGGGCGGGCCCCCGCGCUCCGAGCAGGCGGCGGGGGCCGCUGACAAGGCACCGUGACGGUGGCCGGUGGGGACGGGAGGCCGGGGGCGUGGGCUUGGGCCUGAAAGGUCGUGGCCUCCUCCCGCCUGCCCUGAUCGGUGGCCACGGCUGGGCUCCCGGCUGGGCUCCCGGCUGUCUUCCUGCUCAGCGGAGGGGAGGCCACGUGCACACACACGGCCCCUCGGAAACACUCCACGCGGGGGAGCGCUGCUGGGGCCGAGUGGCACGGAUGUUGCACAUUGGGAUGAACGGCAUGCUGCACAAAUUUGUGACUGGGUACUGAUCCUCAAUCCUCGAAGAGUCGGCCAGAGCCCUUCCCCCGGAAAACCGGACUUCGUGGAGGGGAGAGCCACGGGAGAAAACUGCCAGUGACACGUGUGACCGCUGGCGACCUUAGACAUGCCUCGGACACUAACCAGGGAAUGAAAUGUAUGUGGUAAAACGCACACGGAUAGGAUUUGAUCCUGGUGAAAAUUUCUUCAAGGAAAAAAAAAUGGGGAGAUAAGGAAAUUUAACUGCACUUUGUAGAAAACCGAUCAAGGCAUUAAAUUGUCCUCAAAGGCAUUUGCCUUGAAAGUACUUUCUAGAAUGAGAAUGCAUCAGGGUGGAUAUCAUCCUGAUUGAAAUGUUGGUGUUCAUAAGCACAGGGUCAGUGUCCACUGGGUCAAUGCACAAAUGCCAGGAAGCCCUUCCCCAGUGGAAGCUAACCCUUCCCUCCUGGGAAACCCAGGGUUUUAGCGAGUGUGGGAGGCAGGCUCUCACCCUCUUUGCUGCCAAGGUCCCACGCCCACGGUGGUGUGUCCAGUGUCUUCUUGAGCAGGAGCCUGCAGUUGAAACAGAGGGCAUUCCGAGAAUGCUCUCCAAGGUCCAGCUUGGGGAAGGAGCUCUAAGAUCCCUCCCCACCACCGCCACCUCCCUGCAACCCUCCAGCUCUCGGCUUCUCUGUUGCUUAUCUGGGGACUAAGCCUAUGGGGUUGGGGCCUUGAGACCCAGGAGCGAGGUUCUCCUGGGCCAGGCUAUGCAGGGCGCUGGCCUGAGCAGAUCCUGCCUGGUCAUUGGUGGGGUCAGAGGGGGAAAUUGGGGGGACAAAGGUUGGAGGCAACAGAAAUGCUCUUUACAAAGUUUACAAAAUUGUCCGGGGGUCUUAUGAGCAUCGGCAAGGUUAAUGCCUCUGGGAAGGCAGGACGGUGGAGGAGGCUGCCCGCCCCUUCUGCCCCCAAGUGCUUCCUGCUCUUGACUUCCCAUGUGUGGCUGCUUCCAUCCUGCCUCUCUCAUCGCUCCCUGCUUCUCCUUUACUAACACAGCCUGCUACAUUUUACAAAUGUGUUGGUUAAGUGAGAAACAAAAAUUGAAAAAUAAAUUUAAAUA